AUGGUCGAGGAAACGAGUUACUAUGAACUUCUCGGUGUUGAUGAAAAUGCAACGGCACUUGAGAUAAAGAAAGCUUAUCGCAAGCAAGCAAUUAUUCAUCAUCCUGACAAGAACCUGGAUGAUCCCGACGCCCCUAUACGAUUUCAGGAGAUUGGAGAAGCAUACCAGGUAUUGAGCGACCCAGCUCUCCGUAAAAAAUAUGAUACCUUAGGAAAGGAACAUGCUAAACCCGAGGCUGGCUUCGACGAUGCACUUGAACUUUUCAACAAGAUAUUUGGUGGCGACGCUUUUCAGGACUGGGUUGGCGAAAUAUCCCUAUUCAAAGAUAUAAUAGCAAUAAUGGAAAUCAAAAACCGCGAAAGUGACCCCGAAGAACCAGAGUCUCCAUCGCAAAGUUCUACGUCUAGACCUCCACAGUUUAUGGUCACUGACCAAUCUCAAGAAUUUCCCGAGGAAGCGCGUGCCGCUAGAAGGGCUAGGCGGAGGAGUGGGGGUUCAAAGGCAGUACCACCGAUGAGUAGAGAAGCCAGGGCGGAAGCGCGAAAGAAGGCAGAACUCGCGAAAUAUGAGCAAGAGAGGCAAAGAGCGCGCAAAGAGAGAGUUGAAACUUUAUCAAAUAACCUGAUACGAAAACUUAGUACCCUAACAGACACUAAAAUGAAAGCCUCUGAUAUCCGACGUUUCCAGAGAAGUAUUCAGGGAGAGGCUGAAUCUCUUAAACUCGAAUCAUUUGGCCUCCACAUUUUGCAUACCCUUGGUGAUAUUUAUCUAUCCAGAAGCCACGCCUUCCUCGAUAAUUCAAUCCCUGUAGUAGGCUCAAUUGGCUUCUGUGCAAUGUUCAAUUACGUGAUAGAAAAGACCACCGACAUUACCGAAACGUGGGGGACACUCUCUUGCGCUAUGGGUGCACAGACUGCAGUCAAGCAAAUGCAUAAAGCGGAGGAAAUGGGCGGAGACGAGUGGACGGUAGAAAGAAAGGCGGAGAUUGAGCAACUGACUACCGGCAAGAUUUUGUUGGCGUGUUGGAGGAGCACCAAGUUGGAGCUACGAAAAAUUAUUCGUGAUGUUUGUGAUCGCGUUCUCAACGGAGAUGAGGAGUAUGACCUGCAGAAACGGAGGGCCGAGGCUUUGAUAGUCGUCGGGGAAGUUUUUAAUUCUACAUAUCGAGACUCUACAGACGACCCCAGCGAUAAUAUUUACGAGACAUUGCUUUAUGGGGCGUCUGAGAGAUAA